CUUAGUUACUGAUGAUCUGUCGACUGGGCAGGAGUGUAGUGCUGGUGGUGUGCUAGGAGGGUGUGUGCCAUCUGUGAACACCUCGGAGGUAUAUAUACCAGACACGUCAUGGUUGAUCCAGUGACCUCACCUCGUCUGCCAUGGUCCCCGUGACUCUUUGUGAGUCAUCGGACAAGAGAUCCUGGACCGUCGACAAACCUAAUCGCCGAUAUUCAAGACUAGCCUUCAGAAAAAUCGUUAUUUCUUUCACUCUAUUAGUUUUGUUCAAUGAUUUGUCACUGAUCUUUGCCAAAUCCAUAAAUAAACCAGCAAAUUCAUUUUCGGAAGAAACCACACAUGCCACUAUUAACGACAGAGACAAAACAUUUUCUAAUAUAUUCUUUACCCCUGGCACUAAGUUGAAACAAGAUGAGUUUGAAGAAAAUGAGACGGAUCAGUUUACAAAAUUCCAUAGAACAUUGCUGUCAAUAAAAAAUCCUGAGAAAAAUAACAUAACGCUUCCGAAUAUAAAAAGAACCCCUUAUGAACAUUUUGACGACCAUUUUGUUUAUGAUGACAUUGCCUUCGGGAAUCUUAAAACCAUGUCUUCCUCCUUUGAAGAUGUUAACCCUUUUGACGAUAAUCCGCUUAAAAAUUUUACCUUGUACGAAAAUGGCACUUUGGUCAACUCGAGCUUGGAGUCGAACGGUACAGCUGUGGAGGAUGAGUCUGAUGCUAUUUUCAUGGGCAUCAUGUCCGUGGUUCUCGGCAUCCUCAUCUUGGUCACUGUCAUCGGUAAUGUGUUCGUGAUCGCCGCCAUCUUGCUGGAGAGGAAUCUUCAGAACGUUGCCAACUACCUUGUAAUGUCUCUUGCUGUGGCAGAUCUUAUGGUCGCUUGCUUGGUGAUGCCACUCGGCGCUGUCUACGAGAUAAGCAGAGGAUGGAUCCUGGGCCCGGAGUUGUGCGACAUGUGGACGUCCAGUGAUGUCCUGUGUUGUACGGCUUCCAUCCUUCAUCUCGUAGCCAUCGCUGUGGACAGGUACUGGGCGGUGACCAACAUAGAUUACAUCCACACCAGAAAUGGAGGUCGUAUCAUCGGCAUGAUCGUCGUCGUCUGGUCCGUAGCACUGGUCGUGUCUUUGGCUCCUCAGUUUGGCUGGAAGGACCCUGAUUAUCUGGAUCGUAUCAACAACCAGCAGCGAUGUCUCAUCAGCCAGGACGUAGGAUACCAGAUAUUUGCCACCUUCUCCACAUUCUAUGUUCCACUGCUAGUCAUCCUAGUGCUCUACUGGAAAAUCUACCAAACGGCUCGGAAGAGGAUAAGACGAAGAAGAGCUCAAAGAAACGCAGUCUUAGAAUCCUGCAAAAGCAAGGAAGCUCCUCAAGAGAAAAGAAAGGGGUUAGGUUUUCUUAAAAAGAAGAGAUUUCUCCGAAUGAAAUCAGGAGAUUCUAAAACUACUACUGAGGGCUUGGCGGCGUCCCUGGUUCUAAUUGAGGGGCAGUCCACCUGCUCCACUGUUGAUGCUGUCGAGGAGGAUGUGUCUCGAAGACCUAGCAACGUAGACGCUCCAGAAGCUACUACUGCCUUCACGAUCUCCACCAAUCACGCUACGACCCCCAGCAACUUGUCACCAGAGAAGACAUCGGACCCAACCGCUACCACCAACAACGGAUCUGCACAUACGUCAGAACCAUCCAAACAAACCCUGUCCAACACCAAGGACUCUUCUGCAUCCUUAGUGCCUACCCCCGUCCUGAAACCAGCCAACCAUCCACCAAAGCGAGAUAAGACCAGAGACCUCGAAGCGAAAAGGGAAAAGAAAGCAGCGAAGACCUUAGCCAUAAUCACUGGAGCCUUCGUAGUGUGCUGGUUACCUUUCUUCAUCAUGGCACUACUUAUGCCACUUUGUGAUUCUUGUGAGAUUAACCCUUACCUCGCCAGCUUUUUCCUUUGGCUAGGGUACUUUAACUCUACCCUCAACCCUGUUAUUUAUACAAUUUUCAGUCCUGAGUUUAGGAUGGCGUUUAAGAGGAUUCUUUGUGGUGUUAGUAGUGCUAGAAAUAGGGGAAGAAAACUGAGAUAAUGCAACCGAAUAAAAGUUACCAUUAGUAUUGUUAUAAAAAUGUUACAUUUAAAUGACAUUUAAAACCUUUAAGAGAACAUAUUGAGACAUUUUAAUCCUUUUUUUGUGAUAGGCUAUUUUACGUAUUUAAAAGGUGCUUUAGGAUAAAUAUAAACAGUGUCAAGACUAUAGCUUAAUAAACGAGAUUUCCUCGAAGACAAGAUAAAUGUUUGAGCCGAUUACAACAGUUUGUUGUUUAUGACAUGAACUACUCUAAUUUAGUCGUAAAAUAGUAUACAAGGAAUGAUAAUUGUUAAAUAGGUUUUAAAUAAAUUUUGCCAUAUAUCACCCUACCGAGAAGAAUUUAGUGUUGUGUAUAAGUGAUGUUGUCAUAUAUUUUUCACUUUGAAACUGUACAUAUUAUGUAUAUUAUUAUUGUACAUUGUAAAGUUUAUUAAAAGUUACGAUUUGAAAUAUUUUUAACAUGUUAGAAGCGGACUAAUACUUUAAAACUAAGUUUAUUUUGAAGUUCGGAGUGCUUAUGGGUAUAUAUAAUAUAAAUUGCGUGUUUGAUUUAGUGUUUUCCGUGACUAAGUGUACAUCGUGUGUAUUUACUCUUGUCCCAAGGAGGUAAGCCUAGUAAGCCCUACAUUGGAGCCUUGCUUCCAAACAUUACUGUUGUAAUAUACUAAUAUAAUGUAAUAAAUAUGUAUUGAAAUGUAAAAAUAAACUAUGAGACUUACUAUUUAA